AACAUAUUUAAAUUAAUUUUUGUAUUCCUGGCUCUGAGUGGAGUUGUAAAUAGUGCCAAAAUUCUUAUUGUAUUUAAUGCAGUGUCAAAAUCACAUCAUAUUUUAGGAGAUGCUUUAGCUAUAGGUCUUGCUGAAAAGGGCCACGAGGUAUUAAUGGUCAGUCCAUUCAAAAGCAGCUUCAAACAUGCUAAUUAUAAAGAAAUAUUAUUGGAUGGUGAUUUUAGUCCUGAUAUAGUUAAGAAGAAAAUGGGAAACUUAUUCGAAAUCAAGAAGAAAUCAUUUAUUGAUUCUAUGAAAACAAUUUCUGGAUUUGGUAUGGAAAUGGCCAAAGGUACGCUGUAUCAUCCAAAAAUGGUUGAUUUACUGAAUUCGAAUGCAACAUUUGACGCAGUGAUAGUGGAAGUGUUUUUGAAUGAAUGUCUUUUGGGAUUAGCCCAGCAUUAUGAUGCUAUACCAAUUAUGAUGGGUACAGCACCAGCAAUGAUAUGGUCAAAUAAAAUGGUGGGAAAUCCAUCCAAUCCUGCUUAUGAUAUUAGUGUCUUUUCUUCGUUCAGUAAUCCAAUGAGUUACUGGCAACGAUUUGGAAACACCGUAUUCUCUGUGGUUGGCGAAUUUUUCCAUUGGUUACACUUGCGUGCGCAACAUGAAGUUUAUGAUUCUUAUUUCCGUCCGAUAUUCAAACAAAAUUCAAAAGAAUUUCCUCAUCUCUCAACAUUAGUUACUAAUGUUUCAUUAGUUCUCCUGAAUUCAAACAUUGCUGUUUCUGGUUCGCAAGCGAUAGUGCCAAAUAUGGUCAAUGUUGGAGGAUUACAUGUCAAACCAGAUACUCUUCCAGAUGAUUUGCAAAAAGUUUUGGAUAAUUCUAAACAAGGCGUCAUCUACUUUAGUAUGGGAAGUAAUUUGAAAAGUUCAGAAUUGCCACAGGAGAAAAGAGAUGCAAUUUUAAAUACAUUUGCAAAACUAAAAGAAACAGUGUUGUGGAAGUGGGAGGAUGACAAAUUACCAAAUCAACCAAAAAAUGUUGUAAUUCGAAGUUGGAUGCCACAACAAGCUAUCCUCAAUCAUAAAAAUGUGAAAGUUUUUAUAACACAUGGAGGAUUACUAAGUUCGAUUGAAUCGAUUUAUUUUGGAGUUCCUUUGGUUGGAAUUCCAAUUUUUGGUGAUCAACGAGCGAACAUGGCGAGGGCAACAAGAUCUGGCUACGGCGUUCAAAUAGAUUUAGAUGAUAUCAAUGAAGAAACAUUAUCAGAACUUUUAAAUAAGGUUUUGAAAAAUCCCAGCUAUCGAUCGCGGUCACAAUAUCUCUCAAAAAUAUUCCGAGAUGAGCCUCAGCCUCCAUUGGAAAAAGCCGUGAAUAGUAUAGAAUACGUCUUAAGGCAUAAAGGAGCACACUUCCUGCGUUCACCUGCUGCAGGCAUGCCUGUCUAUCAAACCUGGUUACUUGAUGUUGCAGCAGGAUUUCUAAUGAUUCUAGUUUUUGUGAUACUUAUUAUAGUUUUAGCUCUGAAAUUAACAUGCGGAAUCUUUAGAUGUAUUUUUAAAUCGAAGUCUUAUAGAAGAGAAAAAGAGGAUUAAUAAAUGUUGUAAAGUUUGAUUGUCAAAAUU